AUGACUGUUGUACAAGUUUAUGUUGGUGAAAAACAUUGGAAAAAUGUUGGAAAUCCAUCUAAAUCUAAAGAAAUUAUUAUACCAACUAAUAGAAAAGAAAUUAUAUUUGAAAGUGUUUCCGUUAAUAGUAGCUAUUCCUCACAACUAUUUUCUCCAAAAGAAGAUGAAACAUUAGCACAACAAGUUCGAAAUCAAACUAAACGUAGUUUAUUAGGUUUUGUUGAUGUUCUUGGUGGAAACUAUGAUGAAAUACGUAAAAAUUAUCCAGAAGAACAAUUCCUUCAUGUUUAUCAAUUUAAGUCUGCACGAAAAUAUAUAUCAACAGUUAUUCAACGACCUGAUUCAACUAUACGUAUGUUUACAAAAAGUGCUUCUGAAAUUAUUUGA